UUGCACACAGUGAGUAGGAGGGAUUUUUUUCUGUGGCCAGUAGAUGUCCUAACAGUCGCAGAACUAAAAUAACAGAAUCCUCAAGUUCAGUUCCGAGGAAAGGCAAGAUCCAAGAAUGGUGGUCUCGACGAAGCACCUGCUACUGAUUUCGUCCCUUCUUAUUCAGCUGUCAACCAACCUACAUGCUCUGACGAUUACCACGGAUGACUGUGGAUCUGGAAAAGGAUGCUUUAGGUUUCCAGAAUCCUGCACUAACGACUGUAAGUUCCUUGUGACGUACAAUGCAACCGGCAGGGAUAAAGUGGAGUUCGAGCUGAGCGGCAGAGGGGACUGGGUAGCAGUUGGAUUUAGUAAUGACCGUGAAAUGCCCGAUACAGACAUUCUUCUUUGCGCAAGUAACAGGGAGCUCAGCGGUCACUAUUAUACUUCAGCUAAGAGUACUCCUUCUAUGACAACUCCUAUUCCUGCAGCAGUGACGAUAAUUGAUCAUGCCAACGAAGGUGGAAUGGUCAAGUGCAGUUCAAGUUCAAGUACAGUUGGGGGAAUUGAGUAUCAUGGUUUCUCGGAUGAUAAUCGCCAGUCUACAGGCUCAAGGGUCAAAGUCGCAUGCUCCUUAUGCAAUGAUAGACCCCAAGACACAAAAAAUACCCUCCAAUGCCAGUCGUGCUUUGCUUCCAAAAGUUGGGAUGACUGUGACCGUGCUCAAGCAGUGGUAACCUGCCCAUUAGGUUACGACCGCUGUGGAAAUGCUUAUGUUGAGAGGAGAGGUACUGGAAAACUAAUCACGGGUUACAGUAGAGGCUGUGUAAACGAAAAAGAGUGCGAUCCUGCCACAAAUACCGCGUGUAAUCUGGAUGAUGGGUCAACAAACGUUACUAAGUGUGACAUCACCUGCUGCCAAGGCUCCUUAUGUAAUGAAGAGGCUCAAGUCACAAAAAAUACCCUCCAGUGCCAGUCGUGCUUUUCUUCCACUAGUUGGGAAGACUGUGACAGGGUUCAGAGAGCGGUGACUUGUCCGUCCGGCUACGACCGCUGUGGAAAAGCGAUUGUAGAGAGGAGAGGUCCUGGAACUUAUAUCACUGGCUACAGUAGAGGCUGUAUGAACGCAAACGAGUGCAAUCCUGUCACAAACACCGCGUGUAAUCUGGAUGAUGGGUCAACAAAAGUCACCAAAUGUGAUAUCCACUGCUGCCACGGCUCCUUAUGCAAUGGAACCAAGCUGCCUAUGGUCAGCAGCACACUG